AUGCAGAUCUUCGUUAAGACUCUCACCGGCAAGACCAUCACUCUUGAGGUUGAAUCCUCUGACACCAUCGACAAUGUCAAGUCCAAGAUCCAAGACAAGGAGGGCAUUCCCCCGGACCAGCAACGUCUGAUCUUCGCGGGCAAGCAACUUGAGGACGGUCGCACUCUCUCCGACUACAACAUCCAGAAGGAGUCUACUCUCCACCUUGUCCUCCGUCUUCGUGGCGGUAUGCAAAUCUUUGUCAAGACCCUCACCGGCAAGACCAUCACCCUCGAGGUCGAAUCCUCUGACACCAUCGACAAUGUCAAGUCGAAGAUCCAAGACAAGGAGGGUAUUCCCCCUGAUCAACAACGUCUGAUCUUCGCUGGCAAGCAACUCGAGGAUGGCCGUACCCUGUCCGACUACAACAUCCAGAAGGAGUCGACCCUUCACUUGGUUCUCCGUCUCCGUGGUGGUAUGCAAAUCUUCGUCAAGACUCUCACCGGCAAGACAAUCACAUUGGAAGUGGAGUCCUCGGAUACGAUCGACAACGUCAAAUCAAAGAUUCAAGAUAAGGAAGGCAUUCCCCCGGAUCAACAACGUCUCAUUUUUGCUGGCAAGCAGCUCGAGGAUGGUCGAACCUUGUCCGACUACAACAUCCAAAAGGAAUCUACUCUGCACUUAGUUCUCCGUCUUCGUGGUGGUAUGCAGAUCUUCGUCAAGACUUUGACUGGAAAGACAAUCACAUUAGAAGUUGAGUCAUCAGACACAAUUGACAAUGUGAAGUCCAAGAUCCAGGAUAAGGAAGGCAUCCCACCGGACCAGCAGCGAUUGAUCUUUGCUGGUAAGCAGUUGGAGGAUGGUCGCACCUUGAGCGAUUACAACAUCCAAAAGGAGAGCACUCUGCACUUGGUCUUGCGUCUUCGUGGCGGCCAAUAG